AUGGCUAUAGCUCAAAAUUUCCCUUGCGAACUCAACGUAUAUGAAAAAUAUAUAGGGACCAAAAAAAAGUUACUUGAGAGACCAGCAGAAGUUUUCCAAAACUUGUCUACAACAACUGACAGACGUUCUGCAUGUUCUCUAUGCAUUUCCAUGUUGAUAAUCACCCCAAUCAUUUUUGUGACUGGCUUAAUUUCUGUGUGUUCCAGGAAAAUUUGUAACAUGUUAGCGCCUCCAUUCAUUAAAGAGAGAGUUCGAAUUCAUAAAGAUGCUAUGAAACUGUUGUGGGAUGUAUCUAAGUUGAUAAAGGAAGAAACUCACACCAGCUCUUACCAUCACUAUUACACAAAGCCAAUUCUUGAAGCCACUAGACAAAAUGCACACGAGUUUGUAGAAGAAAUCGUGAAUUGGUUCCCAGAGGCAAUUUGGAGUGCUAACGAAGAUGGUCACAACAUUAUCCAGUAUGCUGUGAUAAAUCGCUCAGAAAAGGUUUACAACCUCCUUUAUCAAAUGAGCGAGCAUCGGAAUAUAUAUCGAACAAUCAGAGACUCUCAUGGCAAUAACCUGUUGCAUCUAGCUGCAAGAUUGGCACCUAACAACAAACUGAAUCUUAUAUCGGGAGCAGCUUUACAAAUACAACGCGAACUACAAUGGUAUAAGGAAGUGGGAAGAUUCAUUUGUCCUCUAAGCAUUAUGCAAAAGAACUAUUUCAACGAAACACCUCAAAUGGUAUUCACAAGAGAACACAAGGAGUUGGUGAUUGAGGGAGAAAAAUGGAUGAAGUCCACUGCGGAGUCCUACACGAUCACAGCUACAUUAAUCAUCACCAUUGUGUCAGCAAUUACAGUGCCAGGAGGAAGCAAUCAGGAAACUGGGAUACCAAUUUUUACCAACAACACUUCAUUCAUAGUAUUUGCAAUAUCAGAUGCCAUAUCAUUGUUCGCGGCUGUUACUUCAUUGUUAAUGUUUUUGUCGAUCCUCACUGCACGUUUUGCUGAACAAGACUUUCUCAUUAAGUUGCCUACAAAGUUGAUAAUUGGUUUGACUACCUUAUUCAUCUCAACAACAGCCAUGAUAGUAGCUUUUGGUGCAACAUUGUACCUUGUGUUUGGCCAAGGGAACUCAAGGAUUCUAAUUCCAAUAGCUGUGUUGACAUGCCUACCAAUCACUUCUUUUGUGACCCUACAGUUCCCGCUCGUCCUAGACAUGAUGAGUGUCACAUAUGGUCGUAGUAUUUUUGGUGAGAACAGAAGUUUUUCUUACUCGGGUAGACAAAUAUUGAUUUGA